AAAAAUGCAACGAAUCAUCUCAUCAUAUAUUUUCAAUAAACAGACUUCACUGUUAUUGUUGUCAACGAUUGCUGUUAAUCAUCAUUGGUAUCGCCAACACCAACACCAACAACAACAGUGUCAGAUGAGACAGACAUUAUCACAAUUAGCGAUUGAGACGUGUCUUAGAUUUAGAUGUCCAUCAGCGGCGGCGAUGAUGACUAUAAGAUUUGCUCAAUUGUUGACCAAUGAUGACGAUGACAAUCAAUGGAUAAACAAUGUUUACGAUAAAUGUAUUGAUAGUAUGGUAAAAGUUAUGAGACUCGAUAAAACUAAAGAUGGCUGUGCAUAUAUGGGCACCGGUUGGAUAGUUGAUGCAACUAAUGGUCUAAUUGUUACCAAUUAUCAUAACGUUCGUGACUAUCAUUAUGUUAUCCUAAGGCUGGCCUAUAGUUUUACAGUACGAGACUUCUUGACUGACCUACACUAUAAGGAUCCAGUUAUAAGAGAUAAUAGUUUAAUAGAAUACUGGUGGGCACAGGUAGUCUAUGUUGAACCCCAUCUGGAUCUGGCACUAGUGUCAUUGCCUGCGAUUAGCUCCAGACGCUUGACUCAGCUUAAGAUUGCCAACAAAGACAUCACAUUUGGCGAUCAAGUUAUGGCCAUUGGAUUUCCCGAUUUGGACAAAUCAGUGAUAACCGGUAUAAUAAAAUACGAACACUAUUUUGAUAGUAUGACACAGGGAUGGUUUUACUAUCAGGACCUCCUGUGGCCCACAAACCAGUUAUAUAUGUUUGCAUCGACUACUGCUUCAAAAGGCUGUUCCGGCGGAGCAGUGGUCAACACGGAUGGUCAAGUGGUGGGAGUAUUAUUUAGUACUAGUUUUAGACUAUUGACUAUUACUAGAAGACAGGAUCUGUUAGAUUUUAUGGACAGGGCUAAUGGCAAAGGACAAGAAAUUAGACAAAAAUUAGUUAAUGAAAGAAAACAGUUGUAUUCCUCAGGCAAACCAUUUAUCGGUGUUGUCGUCAAAUACUUCACUAAUAGCCAAACUUAUUGUAUCGAUAAAUAUAUUCCGUACGCCAUGAAUGUCAGAGAAAACUUUGAAAUUGGAGAUCAAAUUAUAGCAAUCGAUAAAAAAUCAGUUAAUAAUUUUGAUGACUUAAUGACAGCUAUUAAUCGGUUAUCUAUUGGACAGUCAACUGAAUUAGUGGUUAAAAAACUUAAUACACAACAAGUGAUUACUAUUAACAUUAAUCCACAAAAUAUUCAAAACUCUUUCUUAUCGGUUAUACUAUGCGUUUGUUGUGGUUGUUGUGGUGUCUGUCUAUGGCUAAUAUGUCGCGGUUUAACUAAACGUAGACGAGAUUCAAGUGGUAGUCAUUAUCAAUCACAACCACAACCUGUCAUUGUAUUUACCGGACAACAGACAGUGCCGAUACAACAACAGCAACAACAGCCACACCAACUACCAGUUCAAUCAACUGGUGGUCAGUUACCGGUGUCGCCGAGUGGCCAGACAGUAGUCUAUGUACCACAAAUACAACAACAAUCACCUGUCAAUGCAGGACAACAACAGCAGUCAUCACCAGUAGUUGUGAGACAAUCGGUUGACGGAAAACCAAUUGAUAAACAAAAGUCAUAA